AUGACGCGCUGGGCUUCACUCUUCGCGGCGUGCUUGAUCGCGCCGCUGGCUCUUGCCAGCCCUUCCGCUCCUCGUCCGGACGGAAAGAUGUACGGUGCUGGGGCCAAGGUUGUGCGCAGUGGACCGCUCGUCUCGAGGGAGCCGGGUGCGCCUAUGGUGAGGCGCAAUGGGCUUGUGGCGAGGACUGAUACCCGGUCUAUCAGCUUCGAGCAGACCCUCGAGAACGAGCCACUGUUCAACAGCUCCGACAUCACUCUCUUCCCCGGUCCCUCUAUCGAGGUUGUCUGCAGGAAUUGCUGUUCCAAGGGUAGCGUUGACGCUACCUUUCCCUCGGACCUGACCGACAUUGUCAACCCCAAGUUCCGCAUCGACCUCACUGGUGUCGAGGCCCUUGUCGAGCUCGAUGUCGCGGGCCUCUUCGUCGACCUCGUCCUCCAGUUCGAGCUUUCGGGCGAGGUGGACAUGAGCGGUGGAUUCUACUUUAAGAUCCCCGAUGGCUCCUUCUUCGAGAUUGACAUCACCGAGGAGGGGCUUCACUCUGAGGAUUUCACUGGCGUCGUCUCCAAGGUCCUCCCCAUCACCAUCAACCGCGAUACCAGCGCCGCCGAGAUCAAGAUCGCCCUUCAGCUCCGCGCUUCCUGGGCCGGCGCCGAGCUCAAUGUCAACGUCGGUGCUUUUGCCCGCAUCGGCGCCUCCUUUGCCGACGAGUUCUUCGGCAUCGAGCCCACCGUCACCACCACCCUCUUUGCUCUUCCCAUCCCCACCGCCUGCCUCGUGCCUCUGGGCCAGCAGCCCGCCGUCCGCGUCACCCCUUGCCCACCGCGAGCUCCUUCGGCCAUUGCCUCGGCCGUGGCUCCCGGCGUGUCCCUGCCGCCGGAUGUGGUGGUCGUUGAUCCCGUCACCACCAUCCACAUCACGAGAACCGUCCAGAGGACCGAGACCGUGCCUACCCCCGUCGUCCUCGCUAAGCGCACCGAGGGCGUCGUUGCCCAGCUCACCGCCGUGGCCUGCGCCACCGCCGCCGUCGUAUGCCCCGCUGAGCUUCGCUCUACCGUUACCUACGAGGCCACCGUCUGCCCGCCCGCCGCCACCCGCUCCGCCGCCUGCUUCGGCCGCGAGACCGCCACUGCCACUGUGACCGUGGACCCUACUGCCGCCUUCACCGUCUCCGAGGCGCCUCCUGUGGGUUUCGGUACCCUCACUAGGGAUCCCCUCCCUACCCCCGGCUUCGGGUUCAUCACCCGGGAUCCCGCUGGCGCCAGCUCCGCUGCCACCACCACGACCGCCGCCGCCAGCGCCGAUGACGCUAGUGCCUCUGGUAGCGCUAGCGACUCGGCGUCGUCCGAGGCCGCUACUGGUGGUGCCGGUGCUGUUCUCGAAUCCGCGCCUCUCGGCCUCGCCACCCUGACCAUCUCCUCCGGUGCCGCUCCCACGCCCGGCAAUGCCGCGGCCGUGGGCGGCGACUCGGCUGGUUCCCCGCCUCUCGGCCUAGGUACCGCGAGCGUCGUGCCUGGUUCCGUCCCGAGCGCGGCGCUCGUCGCGGAGGCUGCCGCCGGUGGCUCCGACGCCGAUGCUCCUCCUAUUGGCCUCUCGACCAUCACUACCAACGUUGCGGGUGCGGGUCCUAGCGCCGUCAAUGCUGGCGCUGCUGCCUCGACGCCUUUGCAGAUUGCGGGAUCGACUCAGCUCCGCGGAAGCCUAUUGGCGCUUUCGCUUGCGGCUUUGGCACUUGUGCUGUAA